CUUCCUGUAAAACUCGUUGCUGCACUUCAUUAAGAUAUGGAAUCCAAUAUAAGCCGAUGACACGCAGAAAUAGAUAGUUUAAUGUAUACGAAGAUGUUUAAAACAACCUUUUUGGUCGCAACUCUUGUGGUGGUUUUUCAAACAUGCAAUUCCGAAGAACCCAUUAUGUGUGAUACACUCCCGCCAGCUAGUAACGAAGUUAUUAUUUCGAAAAGUUUAACGCUCGAUAAAGAAGUUAUAUUUUGUAACUGGAAAAAGCACAUGUUGAUCGACGUCGACGAGGAACGAAUUAAUUUUGAAGCUUUAAAAGACUUGAUAAGAAAUGCGCCAAUAGAAGAUGAAAAACCGGGACAAUCUAUCAUAAUUUUGAUUAUGAAAUACAUUUUUUUGGAUAAGGUAGCGUAUUGUGAACAGCUCAACCUGAGAGGGGAUACAUUUGUUGAUACUGUUGUCAUGGUUCAAAAAUGUUUACAAGAAUCUGAAAGUAACUCUUCUUAGCAUCCCUUAUUGAUGUUUUCCCGAUUUUUAUAAUUAUUAGAUAUGUAUAAAUAAAGUCUUUUAUUACGUCA